CUCUGUUUUUACAGAGAAAAACAGAGAAAAACAGAGGAAAAGAAAAUGGUGAAUCUUUCUAUUUCAUUUUUCUUCGUUUUUCUCCUCACAGCUCUCCCAUGGACUCGAACCCUCGACGCGAAGAAAACCGUAAUUUGCAGACGCCAUUGCCGGAAGCAGACCGUCACCAAGAUCCAAUUCUACUUCCACGACACCAUCACCGGGAAGAAUCCCUCCGCCAUUAAGGUGGCAGAGGCCCCUUCCUCCGCCAACUCACCGACGCUCUUCGGCACCGUGUCUAUCGCCGAUGACCCAUUGACGGAAACGCCGGACCCGAAAUCGAAGGAGGUGGGCAGGGCACAGGGGCUGUAUUCGUCGGCCGCGCAGCAGGAGGUGGGUCUGCUCAUGACACUGACCUAUGUAUUCACCGCCGGUAAGUUCAACGGCAGUUCCGUUGUUAUUGUUGGGAAGAAUUCGAUUAUGAAUAAAGUCCGGGAAUUGCCGGUGGUCGGAGGGACGGGGGCUUUCCGGUUCGCUCGUGGGUAUGCUCUGGCGAGUACUUAUUGGGCCAACAACGUUGGAGAUGCAAUUGUGGGUUAUAAUUUAACGGUUAUACACUAGGAAAAGUGACCGUGUGGUCCGGUUGUUGUCCGAUGAUUUUAUGUUUCUUUCAUUUUCUCUUCACAUGGUUUCGUUCAAAUAUGAAUAAAGGUUCGAACAUACUGUAUGACAUUUCGGUAGAA